GGCCGGGGCCCCCCGCAACCCCCGGCGCGUUGUGCGACGCACUUGCGGGGCGGGGCGGCGGCGCCGAGCAUCUCCUUUCCCGCGCGCGUCCUUGUGUGCGGAGCAGCGGAGCUGGCGGAGUUGUUGUGUGCAGCCAGCGCAGCCUGCAGCAGGCGCGCCAGCAGGCGCAGAGUCCCAGGGAGGCCCCCGCCUGCACUGACCCGCGGGCCCUGCGGGUCCCGCGGCCGUCUGCGAGGCCCCAGGCUUUGGGUGUCGCCACCCUCGCCAGGACCACCCCUGGCAGGCACCCUAACCUCUCGUCGCGCCUCGGCUGAAAGGAAACAGGUAGCGCCAUGCCAGCUCCGUGCAGCUGCAGGACCUCGGACGAGGACGAGGAUAGCAAAUGGUUCCCGGAGGUGGACCGCGGCUGCUGCUGCUCGCUGCAAGUGUGCUGCAAGAUCCAGGCCAUCUUCGUUGUGGCGUCGUCCAUGCUGUACACACCGAUGGUGCUGGUGGAGUACUUCCAGCCCCGCCCUGACCCCUUGACCGAUGUCCGCCCUCGUCCUUGUCGACAGUCGGAGGCAGCAGGCUUCAGCGGCAUGUGCGGCUUUGAUCUGGACACGCCACCGUCCCACCCUCGCGGCAGCUUCCCCGAGCCGGGCCAGCACCAGGCCAGGGCGGCCGAGAUCGUCCUCAAGAUCCUCCUGCAGUUCAUCGCCUUCCUCUCAGCGCUCGUGUUCCUCGUGGGCAUCAAGCGGAGGCGCCCCAAGCUGCUGCUGCCGUACGUGCGGGUGCUGGCUGUGCACGUCACCUUCAGCCUCAUGGCGCUGCUGGUCAAGGCGUGCGUCUACGGCAUGUGGCUGGAGGCCGUGGUCAUCAUCCUGCCCCUGGGUGUCGGCCUGCCGUACUACAUGUGGCUGUGCGCCUACAGCCUGUACCGCAAGAUGAAGCGCGCCGUGGCCGCGGAGGAGGCCGCCGCCGUCACCCUCGCCGGGGACGCCGAGGCCGCGGCCGCUCCCGUGUAUGCCGCGCCGGCCGGCUUCGUCGUGCCCCCGGGCUGGGGCUGGGCGCCGCCCGCGCGCGCCGGCGGGCCCGCCACCCUCGUGGCCGUGGCCCCGGGGCCCUCGGUGCCGUCGGGGCUGCCGGGCCCGGGCCCGGCCUGCCACCAGGACCUGGCCCCGGCCUACGACCGCCCGCCCUCCUCCAAGCCCGACGACUCGCCGCCGCCGCCGUACGAGUCCGUGGUGGCCAUGGGCGCCAAGGUCCCCUCGCCCGUCUGAGUGCCCGCCUGCGGACGCUGACGUAGGCCGACCCGCCACGCACAGCUGCUAGGCGGGCGGUCGGCGCUCACCGGGCGCUGUGCCACCAACGCCGCACUCACAAGCGCACAAUUCAUGGCAAACGUCAUCUUUUAACCGCGCUGAGAACGUAAGGGCUUGUCCACUAAAGCUACUUUUCAGACCCUGUUUCCGCCCAAUGUUCACCACCGUAUUGAAAUCCCCCAGACUGGCAUCCUUACAGAUUUGAUGGCACGGACUAUGGGGACCGACUCACACCAUACUGAAUUGCAUGCCUCUUUUGUGUUCACCAUCUUGUCUUGCGUUUCACUAAACAUACCUCCGGUUACGUUUACCCGCGUUUAUUCCACAUUCCCGUGCACAUUUUUGACACUUUUACGAACGAGACGUGUGGACGAGACGCGGCAAAGCAGCCAAAAUCUGAAAACAAUGGCUGGAACGUACCUGGAUUUUAAAAUGUCCUUCGUAUAUUCAUUUAAACCAUUAAUUAGUUCACGUGUUUACCAGAAGACUUCAAACGGAUUUUUUUAAUCCGAGUUUCGGUCAAUAAGUAGGGUUGUGCUGCAUCACUCGAAGCAGAAGGCUGUGUAUUAUUUGUCAGAGUUAAAAAGGGUAAAAAAAUAAAAAGUAUUAUAAAUUUGA